UAAACCCUCCUUCAAAGCUGAAAACUUAAAAAAAAUAAAAAAUAAAAAAUCUGCCGCUCUCUUCUUUCCUGUCGAACGAACCUAACAAAACCUCCCUCUAAAAGAGUCCUAUAGCCGAUAUGGGAACACCUGAAACUUCUCGUGAGCCGUGUCCAGAUCGUAUUAUCGAUGAUAUCGGCGGCGCUUUCGGCAUGGGAGCCGUCGGUGGCUCAGCUUUCCACUUCAUCAAAGGCCUCUACAACUCUCCAACAGGCACGCGGCUUAUCGGCGGAACUCAAGCAGUUCGCAUGAACGCUCCGCGUGUUGGCGGUAGCUUUGCCGUCUGGGGCGGCCUCUUCUCUGCCUUCGACUGCUCAAUGGUUUACCUCCGCCAGAAGGAAGAUCCAUGGAACUCGAUCAUCGCUGGCGCCGCCACCGGUGGCUUCCUCUCCAUGCGGCAAGGGCUUGGCGCGUCGGGUCGGUCUGCUCUUUUUGGUGGCGUGUUACUGGCUUUGAUUGAAGGAGCUGGAAUUAUGCUCAAUAAGGUAAUGAGUGCUCAACAGGAGAUGCCUAUUAUGAUUGAAGAUCCUGUUCCUUCUAUGGCUGGUGGGCAUGGUUCUCCUAUGGGCCAGCCCCACGCCCAUGCCCAAGAGGGUGCAUCUGCAAGUGAGACGAAUUCGGGUUCGUGGUUCGGUGGGUGGUUCGGUGGAGGGAAGAAGGAAUCAGAGGCUAAUAUAAGCGGAAGCAAGACUGAGAUUUUAGAGAGCUUUGAUGCACCACCAGUGCCAAAUUUUGAGUACAAAUGAAAAAAUCGAAAAAGAUGAGCUUGUUUAGGGUUUUAUAAACUUGUUAUUAGGAGGUAAUGAUUUUGGAGCUUGUGAAGGUACAAACUUGUUGAACUCGAUCCUUGUCCUCUUUGAAAUUUUAUUUCUCUGCUUGAAUUAUGAAACAGAGCGGCAGCAAUGUAUAAUAAUUCACUGCCAAUUUUGUAUUUUUUUUUUUUUGGCUGAGGUUAAUGAAUUUUUGCUUGGGUGACUAAUUCUCAAUGUUAUUGGAUGGGAAAUGGUAUCCCAAUAUCAUGGAGACCAAGUUCUGGCUUGUUGAAACUCGGUUUGCAAAUACAGUGUUUGUGGCUGUGCCUCCAUCUCUCUA